GGCUAAUCGUUGGAUAAAAAAUAAAUAAAAAUAAGAGUGGGCCAAAAAACAUGCGAAUUAAGAUACAAUAGAAUGUAUUAAGACAGAUUACUGCUUGUGUGAGUGUAUGUAUGUAUGUGCUAAGUAGGUAGCAGCCGGUGGGGUGUCUACAACAACACCUCUGAAAUUUUAUUGGAACUGCGCCAGCGAAAAAAAAAAACUGCAGCAUUGAACCGCAUUGAAUGGCGGAAUUUUAGCUGAGAACGAAACACCUGCUUGCAACUUAUCAGAGUCAGCGAGCGUCGGCCCUAAGUACACACAACUCGAGUGUAAUUGUAACUAAGUGGCGUACGGAUAGGAUACGAGGCAGAAAUAGGGGCAAUAUAUCACGCAUAAUUUAAAGCAGCGACGUCGACAGCGAACUUUACGUAAUCGCAAAUAACGGACUAAAGUUUAAAUUCCAACGACAUGGCGGAGAAAUCGCUUACCGAUGUGGAGAGUCUGUUUGAUUUGAAGUCGUUUACGAGUCGCUUUCAGUACUAUGCCUGGAUGACGGACCCGCGCACGGUGCUGGUCUCCAGCGAUCGUUUGCUGCAGGCCAAGCAAAUAGUGGAGAGUUAUCGUGCAGGCGAACAGUCGCCCAAGCUAACACCAGCUGACAUGAAGUACAAUUUAAAGCUAUAUAGCUCAGCAUUUCAUCCGGAUUCGGGCGAGCUGCAGAACUUUGCCGGUCGCAUGAGUUUUCAGGUGCCUGGGGGCAUGUUGAUCACGGGCGGCAUGUUGGCAUUCUACCGCACCGUGCCCGCUGUGGUGCUCUGGCAGUUUCUCAAUCAAUCCUUCAAUGCGAUCGUCAACUAUACAAAUCGUAAUGCCAAUUCACCCACCAGUGUUACGCAGCUGGGUCUGGCUUUUGUUUCGGCAACUGGUGCAGCGCUAGUUGCCGCAAUUGGCUGCAAGAACUACUGGGCGAAAAGGGCAACGCCAUUGUUGCAACGCUAUGUGCCGUUUGCGGCUGUUGCAGCAGCGAACUGUGUCAACAUUCCCUUUAUGCGUCAGAACGAGAUACUCAACGGCAUUGAUGUAAAGAAUGCCGAUGGCGAGAUUGUUGGUCAGAGCCGCUUGGCCGCCAUUAAGGGCAUCAGCGAGGUAAUCAUAUCGAGAAUUACAAUGGCAGCACCAGGCAUGCUGUUGUUGCCCGUCGUCAUGGAGCGACUGGAGAAACUGCCAGCCUACAAGCGCAUCAAAUGGAUAAAUGCACCCUUCCAAACAAUCAUGGUGGGCUGCUUCCUCUGUUUCAUGGUGCCCACGGCUUGCGCGAUUUUCCCGCAACAGUGCAGCUUGGAUAGCAAAACAAUGAGCACCUUCGAGCCGGAACUCUACAAGGACAUGGUCAAGCGCACUGGUGGCAAUGUGCCUGAACGUGUCUACUUCAACAAGGGUCUAUAAGGCGCUAAAGAGCUUCGAAUCGUCUGCUAGACACUUAGACAAUAAAUGUGUUAAUUGUUGCUUAGGCAUUUAUAGAAACGCGCAACGCAAUUGUUCCUGGUUCCUUGUCACAUGGGAGUAGUCAAUGUUCCAAACUAAAUGAUAUCGUAAUUUGUGUUUACUGUGAACUUUUUAGCAUAGUGAAUAUGUCUUGUAACGUAUGGGGCUCUGUAAGCUAAAGUGAAAAAUAAUUUGAUGCUAAAUUUUAAUUUAAUAUACAGUUUAACGGCUGAAAAUGUGAACUAAUCUAAGCUAAGUUUCUCAGCAAGAUGCAGGUUGACUCGGAACAUUUUAUAAUCUUCAAAUAACUUCAUUGACUUACUAAUUCUAAUCUGUUAAUUGCGUGUUAAAACUAAGUCAGUAGGGCAGCACUUAAAAUAAAUAACAAAAAAAUAAAUUCACAAAAAUAAUAUGA